GCAUUUUCACUGUGGCAUUCGCUUGUGGACUUCUCGUGAUUAAUUACUCCGAUGGCAGAGCACCAUUGUCUCCGGAGUCGUAUUUCUGAAUUUACUGAAUAUCAGAGGGAUACCCCAGCAUUAUUAUUCUCCACAUGGUUAUGGCUACGGUGGGAGCUGUUAAGGUAGGUUAACUCACUGUGAAGUCUUAGCUAAAGCAGAGAACUGAUGACGUUAGGUUGAAUGACCAAUCGGAAGGCGCUGCCCUUUGGAGACAAACCAUUUUACUUGUAGUGGCUGCAUCAAGUCUGGAAGCAAGGACUCAAAUUUAACAGAAUCCACCUUAAAAUCUCUGCCUUUACUCAAGCCCACCUUCCGCCAUACCGCGUGAGAAUUGCAGGACAAAAAAAACGGAUAAAUCGUGGAGGUAAUAACGCAAUAUCUCCUAAGCAAGGAGAGCAAGAAACGAACACAACGAAAGGACUCAUUUGGACUUUAGAGAUAGGGGGUAAGUGCUCUCAAAGCAGAAAAUUUGAUGAUGACCAUGACUACGAUGGCUGACGGUCUGGAGGCUCAAGACUCGUCGAAAUCUGCUUUCAUGGAGUUUGGACAGCAAUCGCACUCACAACAGAGCUCCCCGUCGAUGGCCGCCAGCCAUUAUCCGCUUCACUGUCUCCAUUCCGGGUCUCAUCAUCAUCAUCAGCACGACAGCUCUCCGUACUCCGGCUCUAACUCAUAUAACAGGUCGCUGUCUUACUCCUAUGUUAGCCAUCCACACCACAGCCCAUACCUGCCGUCCUACCACAGUAACGCCACCGGAGCGCAGACCAGGUUAGACGCCACAGAACAGCAGAAAACAACAGUGAUUGAAAAUGGGGAAAUACGUUUUAACGGAAAAGGCAAGAAGAUCAGAAAACCCAGGACGAUUUAUUCCAGUUUGCAGCUUCAAGCAUUAAAUCACCGAUUUCAACAGACUCAGUACCUCGCUUUACCGGAGCGCGCGGAGCUGGCUGCCUCACUUGGGCUCACACAGACACAGGUAAAGAUAUGGUUUCAAAACAAAAGGUCCAAAUUCAAGAAGUUGUUAAAACAAGGCGGUAACCCUCAUGAGAGUGACCCUUUACCCGGCUCCAUCGCUCUGUCACCGCGCUCUCCAGCCAUUCCUCCAAUCUGGGACGUCUCAGCCUCCUCUAAAGGAGUAAACAUGUCUGCUAACAGCUACAUGCCCGGCUACUCACACUGGUACUCCUCGCCUCAUCAAGACGCCAUGCAGAGAUAGGUUGCCAAUUCGGUUUCAGGCCAGAGGCCUUGACGUUCACAUCCUGUCUUCGCCCAGUUCACGUGCGCUUUGAUAAACGAUCAACGUGCGCUCGAGUCGUACAUUGUCAUCGACGUAAAAUCCCUGAUAGAGAACUGUACUAUUAAGGGAUGAAAUCAUUUGAAGGAAGUUUACCUUUGGCGAACGUACGACCUUGGACCUAAACUGUAUGAACUCCUCAGUAGCAGCUUUAACGGAUUGUUUAAAUUUUUCUGUUUGACUUGUAAUCAAACACAAACACAUGUCUAACAUGAAACUGGGACAGGAACUGUAACGUUGUCACACACGCGCUGCUUGAGUCGCAUUUGAAAACGAACUCAAACCUGCGUAGAUGUUUUCUGAUCAUGCAGAAGAACGCAUUUUGAUUGUAAAUAUACUGUUGGAUUUUAGCUGUUAAAAACUUUAUAUGUUUUUGUCAUAAAUGGAGUAAACUAUGACUUCAA